AUGCACAAAUCAGCGAUGCAAAUGCAUGCAAGAGAUUUACACCGAUCGGAAAUGAAACCUCAUCAGUGUCAGCAAUGCUUAAAAUCAUUUUCAUCAAAUCAUCAACUCGUUCAACACAUUCGGGUACACACGGGAGAAAAACCCUAUAAAUGCAGUUAUUGCGACAGAAGAUUUAAACAAUUGUCACACGUACAACAACACACCAGAUUGCAUACAGGUGAAAGACCUUACAAGUGCCACCUACCAGAAUGGGGAAGAGCAUUUAUACAAUUAUCAAAUCUUCAACAGCAUUUAAGAAAUCACGAUGCGCAAGUUGAAAGAGCUAAAAAUCGUCCUUUUCAUUGCAACAUAUGCGGAAAAGGUUUUGCAACGGAAUCUAGUCUAAGAACUCAUACAUCAAAGGUACCUAAGCGGAGAACUGCAAAUCACCCUUGCCCAAUAUGCGGCAAGCAUUACGUGAAUGAAGGAAGUCUGAGGAAGCAUAUGACCAGCCAUCCCGAGACCUCCCAGUUAUCAUCCUCCCUUAGGAUGUGGCCUUGUUCGGUCUGUCAAGCUGUUUUUACAAAUGAAAGUGGAUUGUUAAGUCAUAUGGAACAUAUGAGAAUGGAUCCUAAACAUCAGUUUGCGGCUCAAUAUGUUCUUAGCAGGGCUGCCGCUGAAAGAAGAGAAAGAGAAUCGUUAAUUGCUGCAGCCGUGGCAGCAAGCAAUGCCGGAAAUUUUGGCAUUGGUGGAGGACAACCCGUCAAUUCGCUUUGCCCGUCGCCGGCUCCGAGUGAUUCUUCUUCGAUAGAACAUCUUUCGUCAACUGGGAGUGAAACAGGUGCCAUAGCCAAUAAUAAUAACAAUAACAAAUUAGAUUUGACACACAUUUCGCCAAAUAUGAAUGCGGUAAGACCAUCUACUCCUCCCCCUGUUGAGUACAAUAAUAUUCCAAAUAGAAUGGCGGCACUUAAUGCUGCCAUAGCCCAAGCUCAAAACAUGCAAACGGAUUCCGAACAACCCGUUAAUCAGAAUAAGGAUUUUAUGAACAAUCAAGAUAAAUAUAACGUCGAAACCAACGGUUUACAAAUGACACCAUCAAAUCACAACAAUAACGAAAUUCAUCCUCCUUCCGCCGACAUAAAACCUGAUGUAUUCAAUAAGGAUAUGGUAACGCCUAGAAACGACAUGACUCCGACGCAUGCCCAACAAUUAGCAGUAAACGCGAUGAGAGCCAAUUUAGAAAACAUGAGAAAUAUAGAAUCUCUGACUGGUAUACGACCUGGAUAUUUGGAAAAUUCAUUAGGUGGUCAACAACAGCAAAACGAUAGCGUUUUUAGAAUUCAACAGCAAGCGGCUGAAGCUCUUCUUCGGUCUCAAGCGGAAGCAGCGUUAAGAUUGGCCGUGAGUCAAGCUGCUGCAGCUGUAACAAGCGAAAGAAAUCAAAACAACAUGCACAAUCAACUGAGUCCAGAUUUAACGGAAGCUUUGAGGUUGCAAGAACAAAGAUUGGAACAAGCUCUUAGGUUGCACGGAGAUCCAAGAGUUUUAGGAUUUUCUUUGAACAAUACAAACUCAAAUGCUCCUAAUCAAAACAUGAAUGCCAACAACAAUGGAAACAAUAUGAAUAACACGUAUGUACCUUAUCAAAAAAAAAAAGCAAAUCAAAAUUUAAACGCUUUUGGUUUUUUCUAUAAAAAUUCAUUCGAUUGCCAAAAAUUUAAAUGA